UCUGAAUCUUAGAAGAUAAUAUGGGUGGAAGUGGAUCAAAACCAAAGGAACUUACUGAAAAAGAUAUUAAGGACUCUAAAAGAAUGAUAUCAAGAGCAGGGAGGAAAAUGGAAAGAGAAAGAAAGAAGCUUGAGAGAGAAAAAACUAAGGCGACAAAGGAGAUAUAGCAAAGCUUGCUAAGAAAGGUAUGCAUAAGCCCGCGAAGAUAAUGGCUAAAGAUGUUGCUCGGAUGGAUAAUCAAAUACAGCAGACAUAUAUGGUAGCUUCUCAAUUAAAAGGAAUUGAAUUCCAGCUUUCCUCUGCACUGGCCACUAAAGAAAUUAGUGGAAUUAUGGGAAUUUCAGCAGAGACCCUUUCAGCUGUGAAUGAAAAUAUGAAUGUUUCCAGUAUUCUGCAAGUUUGAAAAGAGUUCUCCAAGAACUCAGACAAACUCGAGUCGGUUGGUGAAGCAAUGGGAGAUGCUAUGGAAAUGAUUGGUGACCCUGCAUUAGAUGCUGAUGCAGACAAACUCUACAAUCAAGUCCUUGAUGAGCAAGCACUUGAAAUCAAUGCAGAAGGUGUAGCAGUUCCCAAAAAGGUUUAUGAAGAAGAGAAAGAAGAAGUCAAAGAUGACCUCGAAAGCAGACUAGCUGCUCUUGGAAAAUAAGUGUAACCUUGGCACAGAUUAAUA